UUUUUUUUAUUUAAAGGUACUGAGUCGGAAGUUACGACAUACUUCCUCUUUCACGGGUUGUGCUGUUUGACAGAAGAGGUUGUGUAAGGAAGGACACACGUGAGCACACCAGUCUCUACUUUAUAAAGACGUUUGUUAGUGGAGAUGUCGAGCCUGUCAGCAGCAAGUGUGGAGGCUUCAGCAGCUCAAGAGGGAACAGAGCAGAAGAAACCUCUCAAACCAUGCUGUGCGUGUCCCGAGACCAAGAAAGCACGAGACGCCUGCAUAAUUGAAAAGGGAGAGGAAAGCUGCACAGAUCUCAUUGAAGCACACAAGGAAUGCAUGAGGGCACUUGGCUUUAAGAUAUAACCACCAUCAUCAUCAUCAUCAUCAUCAGAUUGAGUGAAUGUGUGUGACAACCUGUGUGAAAUGGAACCUGGUGCGCUCUUUUAUUUAUACUUUUACACUGCAGGGACGAUUUUGUGGGGCUGAAUUUAUUCCUCUGAGGGAAAUGUUGUCUGUCUUUUUAUUUUUCUUAUGUCUUUCUUUUUAUUUUAUUUUCUUUCUUAUGUGAUUUGUGUACGUUUAUGGUCAAUAAAGAUCCUAUGCAAGAUGUUA